CAGCGUCCACCACGACCGACGCGUGCCACGCGUUCGACCGCGUCCACCGGCCUCGAUCGUCCGGAAAGUCGGUGAACGCUCGCGAGGAGGAUCCAUACGCCGGUCGCGUCGGUCGUUGCUCGCACUCCACGCGUAGAUAUUCUCGCACUUCCUGCCGCGUGCGCGCGCCUGCCGACGCCGAACUCGUCCGACACCGCGACCGUUCCGAAACCAGUCGAAGGUACAGCGCACGUCGAUUUCGAACGCGUCUUCGUUGCCGCUCGAUCGUCGUUUCGUUCGUGCGGCUUCCUCGCAGUUCCCGUUGGCGACCAAAUCUGCGCGAGUAUUCGCGAUCUCGACGAGACUACGAGGAGAGGAUACCGAGGAAAGAUGAAGCUCCUGGCAUUGGUGAACCUUGUGGUCGCGGGGGCCUUUCUGGCUGCCGUAUUCGCCGACGAUGCCGACGAUCACGUUAUCAUCAUGACGAAGGAUAAUUUCGAGAAGACCCUGGCCGAGCACGAAUUUGUCCUCAUUGAGUUCUAUGCUCCAUGGUGCGGACAUUGCAAGGCUCUAGCUCCGGAGUAUGCCAAGGCUGCGAAGGAGUUGCACGAGAUGGGUUCCAACAUCAAGCUGGCUAAGGUCGACGCUACCUUGGAAACCGAGUUGGCGGAGAAACACGGAGUUAAAGGAUACCCCACUCUAAAGUUCUAUCGCAGCGGUGCCGUUCGCGAGUACGGCGGUGGUCGAAAAGCCGAGGAAAUCGUGGAUUGGCUCGUGAGGAAGACGGGCCCAGCCGCCAAAGACUUACCUUCCGUCGAAGAAGCCAAAGCAUUCAUCGAAGGGAACGACGUGGCCGUCGUUGGUUUCUUCAAAGAUUUGGAAUCGGAAGGUGCCAAAGUUUUCUUGGAAACUGCCAGUACCAUUGACGACCAUAAAUUUGGUCUUACCAACAGCGAAGAUGUAUUUGCAGAGUAUGAGACAACCGACGGAAAGAUAGUACUAUUCAAAAAGUUUGACGAUGGCAAAAGUGUAUUCGACAAAGAGCUGUCCAUUAAGAAUUUGAAGAGCUUUAUUGCCGUUCAAUCUCUACCUAUACUUGUCGAGUUCGGUCAAGAUACCGCUCAGAAGAUCUUUAGUGGGGAAAUAAAAAGUCAUUUAUUAUUCUUCCUUAGCAAAACUGCUGGGCAUUACGAUAAAUACUUAUCCAAUCUCAGUGAACCAGCUAAGAAAUUCCGUGACGAGAUACUUUUUGUCACCAUCAAUUCUGACAACGAUGACCAUGAGCGCAUUUUGGAUUUCUUUGGCAUUAAGAAGGACGACGCUCCUGCCAUGCGAAUAAUUCAAUUGGAACAGGACAUGGCCAAGUACAAACCCGAGAAUCCGGAACUGUCUGCCGAAAGCGUUUUGGAAUUCGUCACUGGCUUCGUAGAAGGGAAGCUCAAGAGGCACAUGCUAACUCAAGAUCUGCCCGAGGACUGGAACAAAACCCCUGUUACGGUUCUCGUCGGCACCAAUUUCCAUGAAGUUGCUUUCGAUAAAGAAAAGGACGUACUAGUAGAAUUCUAUGCACCAUGGUGUGGCCACUGUGAAAUGCUAGCUCCUAUUUAUGAAUCGCUCGGUGAAAAGUACAAGGACAACGAAUCGAUAAUCAUUGCAAAGAUGGAUGCCACUGCUAAUGAGCUCGAAGACAUUAAGAUAGAGAACUUCCCGACGAUUGUAUUAUACAAGAAAGAAACGAAUGAAGCCGUUAACUACAUCGGUGAGAGAACAUUAGAAGGUUUAUCUAAAUUUAUCGAAACGAACGGUGCGUACGGACAAGCCCCUGAGGAGGCCCAAGAAGAGGAUGAAGACGACGACGUGCCGAGAAAGGACGAACUGUAAACGCGUCGUUCUCGCGGUUAACGUUGAUUUCAUCACUCGAAUUCUUCCGAACAUCGGUGCAGUGAACAUCCUUUGCCGACCGUCCAGCUUCCGAAACGUGUCCGUUUCCAUUUCCAUUUUCACUUCCAUUUUCAUAUACGUUUCCGCUUUCCCUUUUGCUUCUAUUUGCGUGGAGUCGGUGACACUUUCGAAGAGCAAAGCGUUCUGCCUUUCCCAACGUUUUUUUUUUUAUCCUUAUAAAUUUACAUGUCGCGUCGUACAAUUAACAUUUAGGAGUUCAAUUGCAAUAUUCGAGACGUUCUUGCCAUGGAAGAACCCGAACUGGAUUUAUUUCGUGAGUCAGUGAAACACAUACUCAAGAAUUUUCGUACCAAGUGAUCGCAUUCUAUUUAGGUUCGUGAAAACCAGCCGCUCGUUUAACGCAGACCGAAAGUUGGUCGUACUCUGAAAAGAGCGAACCACUGAACCUUAAUUGAAAACUAGCAAAUCAGGACUCAACGAUUCGUUAUACUCCACAAACGAAGUUAUCGUUAUCGCUCGUCCCGGAUUUAGACAUGUGUCUUUUUAUUUUCGAAAUGGAACGCGCACCAAGAGACCCUCCGAGGUUCUCCGUAGUCCUCGUGUUCCUUUUAUUUUUAUAAUGAAACUGAACUUCCUUCUUUCUUUUUUUUUAACGAUUAGCGUCGCAACACUUAAGAUGUGUAUUCAAUCCCGACUAAUCGAGAGGCUAAUGGAAAAAGGGUUUUCCGCAGUCCGGCCACGAUCGCGUAGCUCGAUUGUGUAAUUCCAUCGACGGCAUUUAAAAGGAUUAAUAAAAAGAAAGGGUUGUUAUUCACGAGGCAUUUAGACUAAAAGUCACAGGAAUGCCUAGUUUAAACUGACUGACAUAUAAUACGGAGUUAGAGGUGGAGUAGGUGUUGAUAACAAAUACGAAAAAGAGGAAGAAUUUUUAUCUCUAAGUCUUUAUUAUAUAUUAUUCUUAAUAUAUGAAAUAUUAUAUUCUA